CUUUAUUACAUAUUUACAUGUUUGUUCACCUUAUGUGCCAGGUCGUUUCUGAUUGGUGUUCCGCAUGUAAAUAAAAGGCCGUGCGCGUGUUUCCCAAAACAUAAGCUCGGGCGAUAUCAUUGAAAGUUCUACCGUAACUAAACAAACGGCAGAAGUUCAAAAAUGAAAAUCGAUAUUUGUUUGCUACUCCUGGGACUUGUCCUAACUCAGGCGGCGCCAGCUCCCCCGGCAACAAGGACAAAGAAAGGACCACCACCAGCCAGGGCAGUACCGCGUAGAAAUGACAUUAAAGAUGUUCCCGACAAUUCUGGUCGUGCUGCUGCACGAGUAGUUCCCCCGGCAGGACGCGCACCCCCAGCAUGGGCAGUCCCCCCGGCAGCACGUGCACCACCAGCCAGGGCAGCACCGCGUAGAAAUGACAUUAAGGACGUUCCUGACAACGCUGGUCGUGCUGCACCAAGAGUAAUCCCAUUAGCAGCACGUGCACCACCAGCACCUGCUGCACCGAUAGCACGUGCACCACCUGCACCAGCGUCCCCAGUAGUACGCGGUCCACCUCCACCACGCGCUCCAGUUGUACGCGGACCACCGCCACCGAGAGUGAGACCAGCACCAGCACCGGCACCAGUUCAACAUCCGGCUCCAUUGGUCAGACCAAAUCCACCAAGGACACGGACAAAGACUGUAGGAUUCCUUAGCGGUCCGGACCGAUUUGUACCAUACAUUCCAUCAGCACCAACCACAUACCCACCACAGCCACCAACAACUCAGUACUAUCCACAGUACGACACACGUGACGUAAAACAAGAGGAAGAAGAAGAAAACUCAAAUUAAAACCAAAGUCUAUAAAUAGAACAAAAUUAUAUGAGUUACUGUCAUUAUUCAAAAUUGUGACGAUAUGCCGAAAAAUAAUUUCACACAUUUGCAUAAGAUUAAUUUGAAAUAUGUUUUACAUGUUAUUCGUAAAGAAACAAAUUCAUUUCAUGGCUGUUAUAAGAUAUCAUAAUAAACGGAAUCAUUUA